AUGCACAAGCCUCCCCAGCCCGCCGCGACACCUGCCGUACCGUCCACUCCUCAUCUCCCCGACGAACUGCUGUCCCUCAUCUUCGAAGCGUUGUGGGACUCGCUACGGUUCUACGACAACGGCGAAGUGCGCUUGGAUCUUGGAACGACCGCAGCAGAGUUUGUCGGCCCUUGCAGGCUCGUCUCGACGCGGUGGAACUCGCUCGCCUUGCCUGUCCUCAUCAAGUCGGUCAGAACGAAAAAGCCGGCAAUGCUGCUCGAGCUGGCGCAGCGCUACGACCUUUCACAUCAAGUCAAAGAACUCGUCAUCGUGUUCGAGUCUCAUGACCUUCGAACCCUUUCUUCCCUAUGGCGACUGUUUCCCAGCACUCAAAGAACUGCGCGUCCACCUCAGAUGCGACCAGACCAACCUGUCCAUCUCGCCAUGGCCAAGCCAUGGCCAUCGUUGAGGACCCUCUGUGUCAAAAUCAUCACACCUCGAUGUGAGCCACCUAGCGAUACUGUCCCGCUCAUACGCCUCCUGCACUCGGCUUUCCUCCAGCCUUCGUGCAAACGCCUUCGCUAUUUAGCCAUCACUGGCAUGAUGUGCUGUCAGCAUCUUGACCAAAGUCUCUUCGAUGUCGUCUUCCCUGCCCUCGAAGUGUUGAAUGCGCCAGCAGUCGCGAUCGACAACUUUGACGCGUUCUCCAUCUCUUUCCCAUCCGCCCUGGUUGCCAGGAUCAUCUGCGCCCGUGAUGCGCUCUCUGUCAACCAGAUGACUUUCGCUCAUCUUCAGCUUCCGCCGUUGUUGAGGAGUCUCUACAUGUCGAUGAACAGGGCUGGGCUCAUUGAGCUGCCCGGCUUCUUAAGCGCGCAACAGGCGUCCGAGCUGGAGUUGCUCGAGAUCGAGGUCAGUUACCCUCCCUCCAGCCGGUCAGCAGCUUAUACCACCGCAACGGAUGCACUUCGCCAAAUCGACGCAAUCUGCGAUUCUCGCGGCAUUGUCCUGGCGCACAAUCUCUCCGUGCCCGAAGUCGUACCGCACUGGCGACCGCAGCUUACAGAGCAGCCUGCGCAGGAGGACGAACAGUGGAGGUGGUACAGCGAGGCUGUUGAGCCGGAGAACGCGCCUUGGCCAACUCAGCGCGACCCAUGGGCGCCCCCUCUCUUCGAGGAGCUGCCCACUGAGGACUUUACCUCCUCCGACGACGACUCGCUCGAUUACGACGCUGAGGACGAUGAGCAGUUUGCGCCAUUCUGGAGUGAGGAGAAGCGGAAGGAGGUCUUCGGUGCGUUCCCGCUUUUGCUUUGA